CACGCCGGCAGCCCACGGCAGCCCCGUGACCAGGCGACUGCGUUGCAUAGAUCAUUCAAUUAUCCAUUACUACCAUGAAUGCGAGAACAUUCGUGCUGGGGAGCAUCGCUUUGGCAGCCCAGGAAGCAGCACAUGCGCUCACCACGCCGCCAGCGAGCCGCCUCGGCACUCCCGAACGCGCAGCGCUCGGCGGCGUGGGCGCCGCGUGGGUCGCACUCGGUGCGCGCACCUUUGACGCCGCGAACGCGCGCGAGGCGGUGGGAGCCUUGGGCGUCGCGACCGCCACGUUCGAGGACAACAUCCGCGAGCCCGCCGCGGGCUUCCUGGAGCUGACGUCGCCGCUCUUCGUGCUGCAGGGCGUGUUAUUACUCGCUCUUUCAGCAAACGUGUUUGCGUCGAAGGAUGCCGCCCGCGUCAGCUCGUCGAUCGCCCUAGCAUCAGCUACGACGCUCCUAGCAUUGGCGCUGGCCGUCGUCGCGGGGGCGCCCGUCGAGAACGGUUUUGAAUUCAUCACGGAUCCCUUGUUCAUCACGGCGGCGGUGGCGCUCAAGGCCGCGGGUUCCACUGAAGAAGACGCUUUCGAGCUCAUCCGCGGCGACGUUGUGGAGCUGGCGACGGACGGCGGUUCCGUAGCACCGGAGGACGGCUACGGAAAAACGCUCGCGACGUUCUACCGAGGGUCCUGCCUUGUUGGUAUAUUGGUGGGCGCGUCGUUUAUUCUAAGCCCGAUCAAUCCGAUAGGGAUAUUUGACACGGAGUCGCCGGCGACGCACUUCUUCCGGGCUUUAUGUGGCAUAAGCAUCGCCCUCGUGCUCGCGCCGGCGCAAUCUAUACUAUGGCGUGCGGCCAAGGCGGGGGAGUUGAGCGCAAAUUCAUCGCGGGCCCUCAACGCCGCUUUGGGACUGGCGUCCGGGCUGUUGGUCGUCGACGGCCGGCUCCAGGUCGAGGAGGGCACGCGCCAGUUCGCUCAAUUGGAUCCCUCGUCGGCGAUCGCGAAGGCGGUUGAAUUGGGGGAUGUGGGGCGGUCCGUGACGAACACUGAUGCGGCGUUUUCGGUGGGGCUAGUUGUUGCCUUGUUCUACGUGGCGCAGGCGGUCGCGCCGGCGCGGCGAGUGUAAGAGUG